AUGCCGCGAACAUUACCAUGGCUCGCCAACCCAGCUCCUCCCGAUCGCACACCGCGUGCUAAAACCACAACAACAGUCAAACGCCGCAAAGUCGACGCAUCACCGUCCUCUUCCCNNCCUCCUCUAGAGGAAUUCAUCCGCACACCAAAGGAUGUCUCUCGUCGUGGACUGACUACAGUCCGCUCGCCCUCGACGUCUCCUCCGCCUGCGCCUCCAAAGCAAGAGUUUAUGCGACCGGGCUGGGAUGCGGAUGAUGGAUGGAGAAUGGUGACUGAUGAGUUCAUGGCAACUGCUCAGCUCUUCACUGCCCAUCUCGCACACGCGGAAUACAGGCGCCAAAAAGAGCUAGCCAGGAACAGAGAAAGAGCAUUGGGAGGUGCAGACGCGAUUGCCAGACCUGUGGUUGGACAGCUGAGCAAAGAUGGACAGAGGAAGAAGUUGCGAGAGUUACAAAGAGCUGGCGUUAAGGCUCUUAUGAAGGCAGAAGAGGAUGCAGAAGAGGCUGAUCCGUGGGAAGGAACACAACUUGCUGGUUUGAUGAUGAGUCCGCAGAAGAGGGAGAGGCUUCAGCCCACGAAGGUUGUUGGACGCAGCAGUACCAGAGCUGCUGCUGGUUUUGAUCGAGCACAACCUCUAGAUCUACGAGGAAGACCACUGCACCGCGAGAAGAGUCCGGAUGUUAAGAAGGAAGCCAAUCUUGAAGAAGACACGACAGAUGACGAUCUCGAUGCUCCCAAGCCGUCUAGAUCAUUGUCACGUCCAGCUCGACCAUCACAACAGCCUACAACUCCUACGCCAAUUCGUCCGAACAACAUCUUCAAGCAGUCCGCAAACCCUCGCACUGCAAACUCGAGUAACACCAAGCAGACAUCCCACAGGCAUUCAUCCUCUACAGCCUCCUCAGACCUCUACGACAGGUCCUCUCACAAGAAGUGCAAGAGCAUUGAUCGUGAGAUAUCUCGACCUGCACCAAAACGUACGACGCGCGAUCCUUCUCCACGCAUGAAACCGGAACUUUCUCAGCUAGCAGAGAUCAAGAUGGAGCCAGACUUUGGCUUCCCCUCUAUCCCACAACCUUCCCAAUCUGCAACGUCGGCAGUUGCAAGACGCAGAGAAGCUCGAUUGAAACGUGAGCGAGAAGAGAAGAAGAUCAAGACCGAGGAGCAGGAGGAGCAUGAGUUGCCCACGUUUCUCUUUUGA